AUGUCGUUAACUCAUACAACUUGUCCAGAUGUUCGCUUUUUUUUACGAUUAAAUUUUACUACUAUUGUUAAUCGGCCACUGACUAAGUUCGAAUCCGAUUCGAUUAUCGUAUGGAGUAUUUUAUUAACAGCGAUAAUAAUCCCAAACGCAUUUUUGGUAGCUGUCAUUAUGUGCAAACGUUCGCUAAGAACUUACAGUAGUAUAUUAGUUGGAAGUUUAUGUGUUGCUAACGUAUUAUACUGCCUCAUUUAUAUAUUACCGGUAAAAAUUAUAGUCAUCGGAAAUUCUAUUCAUCCAUUUACCAAUAUCUAUUGCCAACUGUCUAAUAAUGUUAUCCGAUUUGCUUUUGUUUGUUGUAUGAACUUUCAUAUAUGCUCCAUAAGUCUAGAGAAAUUUAUUGCAAUCUCGUCACCGUUUUGGUACAAUCAAAUUAGCGUCUACAAGUCUGUUAUGUUCGUUGUUAUACUAUUAGUCUGUUGGAUAUUACCUACUAUGGUUGCAUUUCUGCCAUUAAUCAUUCACUGGUGGCGCGUAUGUCCUUAUUUUUGCAUUUUAUCGGAAAUGACAGCCAAUCGUCGAGUAGGCUUACAAGUAUGGAACAUAUUUUGGGCAUUCUUAAUGUUUUUAUUACCAACUUCUGUGACCAUUAUAUUUUACAUUCGCAUUUUCUUGGUUGCUAAAGAUCAUGUAUCUAGAAUAAGAGCUGAUAGUCAAGUAAGCUCGCCUACGAAUACACCAUCCAUUGCUCUAAAGGCAGUUAAAACUGUAGCUAUAGUUGUUGGAGUUUACUUAUUACUUCAAACGCCUUAUAACGUUUAUCAACUUCUUGCUACUAUAGAUAAAGAGCUAGGUUUACGUGUUCAUAGACUUAAUGUACGGGAAUGGUUAUUCUACCUUGCCUCCUUAAACUCCGUAGCUAGCCCAAUUAUUUACGGAUUUUUCAAUAAAAAUUUACGUGAUGGUGUUCUCUCGUUUUUUCGACGUCUUCAUGGCCCACGAACCGGACUUAGCACAACUAUUGUCGAACGCUUUUAA